AUGCGGGACCCGCGGAACUGGACCCCCGCGUUCGGGCCGGCGGAGCGGGGCAAGCCGGCCACCUACACCGGGGAGAAGAAGGCGCAGCUGAUGGCCAGAGCCAACAGGAAGUGGGUCAGACUGGUCACGGUGCUGGUCUACGUCCUGGCCGUGUCUCUGGCCGCCGUCGUCCUGGCGGUCUACUACAGCCUCAUCUGGAGACCCACAGCUGGAUUCGGACCCGGGACCCGCAGGACUGAGAAUCAGACCGGGUCCGAACCCGGAACAAGAAGAAAUACUGCAAAUAAAAUUCCCUCGGUCCCCGCGGUCCCUCAGGCCGGACAGGACGUCACCUCUCGGGCCGCUGUGACCGCGGAGGAUCCGUCCAACCUGCCGACACACCGGCCCGCGGGGCGCCAGGACCCGGACCAGGAGGGGGACGGGUCAGGGAUGGAGGAGAACCGAACUCCUUCUGAGGAUCACCGGAUGACUCUUACAAAAUAA